AUGUUCACGCACUUUGGAUUGCACAAAAAACCUGCUAUUACUUACAAGCGUAAGGCACGCCCCUCAAGUAAUAAUGAUCUCGAAAGUGUAUUCGACGCACCAUCCAAUCCAGUUCUGCCGGUGAUCGACCCCGCGAUCAAUCCAAAAUCUGCUGAUGAUUUAGACAUCUUUGAUUUCCCAGAAGAUGAAGACGACACACUUGAAGUAGAGCUCAUGGUUGCUACUGAACGGCCGCAUGCUACCAACGAAUCACAACAAACUCCCUCAAAAGCACGUCCACGAAAACCUAAAUCAAAGUCAAACAUUGUAAAACGUACAUCACAAACUACUUUCUGCCCAAAACCUAAUGGUGUAAAGCCAGUGGGACCAAAGCCUAUAGUGAUAAAACCUAAACCAGCCACCACUCUCUUAGAAACAUACAUCUCACCAAGUAAACAAGUAUCUGUACAAUCACAGCCUUUCCAAACAACGCGCACAUAUCAACUCUCGGCUCCAAUCCCACCUACUACAAGUUGCAUGUCUUUUGGAAGGCCAACACAACCUUACACACCCAUUGGAUCAUAUAAUUCAUCUAUCAUAACCUCGCACGACACAUGUGUGGGACGAUCUAAUUCUAUGUCAACUUAUACAUCUACACCCACCCACUUACACACGCCAACGCCCACUACCAGCACAAACACGUCUUUCUUUACCAAUGACAACCAAUUUCCUUUACAAACAUGGCCAAUCCCUUUUGUGUACACUACUUAUCCACAUCCAUUUAAUUUUGCUCCUAGCAAUCCAUCCCAACCGCAGUUACAGCCUUACACUCAACCCCAACAACAAACAUCAUCCUUAUAUUACAAUCAUCAACCGACUUACUCUAGUCACCAUGUACCUCCACUUCCACCAGUACAAUCUAUACGCUCAAAUCGUCCUAAAAAACAAAAAAUGAAUCUUGUCUCACGCCUCAAGGGCGCAAGUGGAAAUUCUGUAGACACUGAGACAAAACCAGCUCAUCAUUUUGAGUUCUCGGAUGAUGAUGAAGAGACUGAGGAAAUAUAUCUUUCAAAGCCACCAAAACAAACUGUAGAGCCGCCACCAGUACUGAGUCCUGAGCCGAAAAAAUUACCACACAAAGAACAGAUGGAGAAGGAACUCGAGUUCCUGAUGAAGGCUGAAUUUGGAACCGACACAAUGAUUUCCAAGACCAUUAAUCGACCACGCUACAUGCCUGAAAACCCAAUGAAAGUCCGUGUGACAUACAAGCGGUCCAACGGAGAGGCUAGAAAGCAAAAUGAACAAGAGGAGCUGGAACGACUUGAGAAGAUGUUGCUGGAACUUCGCGAAGAAUAA